AUGAAAAGAAUUCUUAAUCUUUAUAAGUAUUCUGUGCAAUAAAGUCAGCAAUUGAUUUUGGUCGACUUUAAUGACAAACUCUAAAAACCCAUGGAUAAAUGGCUAGCUCAUUCAACGAAUUAUAUUUUUAAUCAACAAUCCUACCCUCAUAGAGCCUUUAGUUUAUUUUUGUUUGAUAAAAAUUACAAAUUACUCCUCUAACAACGUAGUGAUGCUAAAAAGACAUUUCCCUUAUUGUGGACUAAUACAUGUUGCAGCCACUAAUUGUAUCACUAAAACGAAGAAGACAAUGUCACGAAAUACCGUCGCAGUGAUUUUUACGUCAGAAAAAGAACCCUUGAAGAAUUAAAUUUUGAUCUUAAGGACACACAUAUUGAAUUGGUCUAAAAAAUUAUAUAUUCUGCUAAAGAUAAUGAAGAAUUUGGAGAAUAUGAAUUGGAUUAUAUUUAUUUUGCAAACAUCCAAUAAGACUAACCAAAGAUUAAUGGAAAUCCAGAGGAGAUUAAAGAUUACAAGUGGUUAUCCUUAGAUGAGUUUAACCAAUUUUCAAAACAUAACAAAAAAUCAUUUACUCCUUGGUUUAGCUUGAUUAAUCACUCACACCUUAUAAAUUGGUGGACCAAAUUUAAAUAGAAUGACAAAAGUUUCAUAUAACCAGAAAAAAUUGAGAAAUUGAAUUGAAUAACAAUUAUAUAUAUAUUAAUAAAUGAAAUC